AUGAAAAGAUUUUUGAGUAUGGCAAUGAUCUUGUAUGUUGUCACAUCAACUAAGAUUUAAAAGUAAUAGAAUAAUAUAAUGUAAGUAAUUAAGGUGUAAUGGAUUAAUAUGUUAACCCAGGUGUAUAAUAAUAGAUUGAUGAAUUAACAUAAUCAAAGAUUGGACAUUUAGUUAUUGAUUUAGCUGAAGUGACAAUGAGAGUUACUGGAGCUGUUGAUUCACUUACUGAAGGAGUCAAAGCAUUUGGAAGAUAAAUAGAAGAAAGAUUAAAUUUAGAAAAUACAUAAUGGGAAGUUAUUGAAGGUGAACAUAAUGCUAAAGUUAUAUCUUUAAGUUCAUAAGCUAAUUAAGCUGAAUUUGAUANGUCUUAGGCAAAAUAGAUAAUAGCCAUCUUGCCAUAGCAGAUAGAUCUUUAGAUUAUGCCAAAGAUUAAAAAUGUAUCAGAUUAGCAGAAUUACAUUCUGCUGCUGUUGAUUAUGUUAAACAUGGCAACAAAGUAGAGAUUCCUUAAGAUCUUAUCUCUAAAAAAUGGCCUGAUUUUAUGGAAAAAGACUCAUUUGUUUAUGAGUCAAAAAGUAUAUUAGGGAAACUCUACAAGGAAGUUUUAAAUCAUAUUAAUGAAGAAAAAUAGGCUGUCUUUGCUGGUUAUACACAAAAAGGAUUGCCAGAAAUAGACACAAGAUUUAUUUAUUAAUUUUAUUAGGAAGAUGAAUUGGUCUAAGUAGAAAACUCAAUCUAAAAGUACGAAAAUUACUAUUAAAAUGAGUAUUAACAAUAUUUAACUGAAUAAAUUUGUAGGAAUGCUCUAAAAUGUUUAAAUCAUAUAUUUGAAAACUUUGAUUCUUUAAGGAAGAUGUAUGAUCUUACAAAUGAAUAUGAAAUAUACACAGGAUAUUUUACGAACUUCACUUAAGGAGAAGGAACUAGAUUAAAAGUAAAUAUAAAAUAAUAUUUCUUAGAGAAAACUUAAUGUGGAAAAUGUACAGAAAAGAGUCAUUCUUAGUCUUGUUUAAUUAAAACAUGAAAUUAGUAAGACUUUAUCUCAAAAUUAACAAGAUAGAUUGGCAGAAAUUUCUAUUAUUCAUUUUCUUAUGAUGUUCUCUCCAGAUUCUCAUCAAGAUUAAUUAGAAAAAUAACCUUCACUACAUUACUAUCAUGAAAAAUUGUUUUAAGCUUUUAAACGAAAUGAAGAGAUCUACAAAUUAUUUAGUCGUUUGAGAGUCAAAUUCCCAUUUUGGUAUAGAGGAUGCAGUUGGUUUUUCUUUGCAAAUGAAAUCGUAAGCUUCGCUUAGUAAUAAAACUUAUAAAAUGAGGAUGAGCUUAUUUGA